UAUAAAUCAGGUACCCAAACCUAUCCAUCGAUUAUACACAGAGCAGAGAGCACUGAUGAGUGCAGUGGGAUUCUGUUCGUCUUUCUCUUUCGUUCAACGCUUCAAGCCCUAGCCCUUAUUUCAGAGCAGUCCGAAGCUUCCUUGUUUACUCUGAAUCCCAACCACCAAGACACAGACCCUAUCACAGAACCUUCUAUGGCGACCGUAAGCAACUCCAUUUGUCAAGAAUCCGAAAAGACCAAUCAAACACCUCCAUGCCACGUCCUGACGGAGGAUUCUCAGCCAUUGCCGAACCUCCCGCGUGACAUCAUGGUCGAGAUACUUCGAGACUUCCCGUCAAGUCCCUGCUGCGAUUGAGGUGCGUUUGCAAGUCAUGGCGUUCUUUGAUUUCUCAUCCCAAAUUCGCAAAAACCCAUCUCAGUCUAGCAUCUACGAACACUGAUUGCACCCACCACAGACUCUUACUAAUCUCUUGGGUCCCCGUUUACGAUGCAAUGUCAUGCUCUCUUCACGCUGUUUUGCACAAGCACUCCGAUACUGCUGUUCAGCUUGAUUGCCCUUUUAACGGGCCCCAUUGUGUGAUACGGAACAUGGGUUCCUGUGAUGGUUUAGCCUGGUCGCGGUAGAAAGAAAAGUGUUUCUAUGGAACCCGUCCACUAGGAAAUUCGUGACAUUGCCGGAUGCUGAAAUGUCUUACCAUUACCACCCGAGGUAUGGGCUUGGUUAUGAUGAGUCUAUUGAUGAUUACAAGGUGGUGGGAUUCUUUUGUAGCAGUAUUUGCUUUUGUGAGGUUCAAGUGAUGGUAUAUACAUUAAGGUCGGAUUCGUGGAGGAGAAUUGGAGACUUUCCUCCUCGUUGUUUUCCGCAAGGUGUUGGGACAUUUGUGAACGGAGCCCUCCACUGGAUUGUGGGUAAUGAGUCCAACGAUAAUAUUGUUUCUCUUGAUUUAGCGAAGGAAACAUAUGGAGAGGUUUUGGAACCAGAGUAUGGAUAUGGUUAUUUGCACGAGAUGUUGGAUGUUUUAAAUGGAUGCCUAUGUAUGGUCCGUUACUGCAAUGCUUGUGCUGAUGUAUGGAUAAUGAAGGAAUAUGGUAUUAGAGAGUCUUGGACAAAGUUGGUUGUCAUACCUUACACGUCUCAUCCAAUUGAAAGAUUGUGCAUUUUGAAGAAUGGUGAAUUUUUACUGCGUAUCCAGUCGCAUUUAGUUCAUUACAUCCCCAAAGAUGGCACAUUUAGUCAUCUUACGGUCCCUAAUUGUCCAAGGUAUUUUGACGAAUAUCCAUAUGUUGAGAGCCUAGUCUCGCCUCACAUUGAUGCUGAUUAUGGAGUUUAGUGGCAACACCAAUACUAAAGGGAGUAAAGGAACUCAGAAACAAGGAGAAGUGAUUCCUAGAAUCGAAUUGCUUUAUUGUAGUUCUCGUGAGGGAAGACUUGUACUUUCUUUAUGUCACAAAUUUGGCUUGUAAUGAGAGCUAGUAGGUGUUCCUUAACAAAAACACUAUUGUUCGCAUAGUGAGAUUAUAGCUUGG